CAAUCAUAAUUUUUCACCGAGUGAUUGCAUUGAGAAACUAGAACUAGAAAACGCGUGAAAUUAAAUUGAAAGCUCUAUAAAUACGCUCUUAUCCCCAUGCGUAUUGUUCAUGCAAACUGUCCAACACAUCAACAAGGAAAUUUUCAACAUUCACACAUGAAAGAGGAUGAAUGAAUGAAGAUUGAAACCCCAAUCUACAAUCACAUACACACAUUCUUCUCACUCCUCUUUAUAUAAACUAACUCUCCAACAACAUUCUCAAACCCCUUUUCAACCUUUCUCACUCUUUCAAACAUCAACAACAUUAAUAUGAACAAACAACUCAUCCUUAUCUGUCUCUUUUUCCUCUUCUCAUCAAUCAAAGUUGAUUCCGCCGGAGAUGCGGUGGCCGGAGAAAAAAACCCAUUCACACCAAAAGCAUAUGUGAAUCGUUAUUGGGACAAAGAGAUCCGCAACGGUUUACCAAAACCGUCGUUUUUGUUCUCCAAAGCGUCACCGUUGAGCACAGUGGAAGCUGCAACUUUUGCUAAACUCGCCGCCGGUAACACACUCUCAACACGGCUGCCGGAAUUUUGCUCCGCCGCAAAUCUCCUCUGCAUCCCGGAAGUUUCUCAGAGUCUUGAAAAACAUGACAAGGAUGGAAGCUUUGCCGUGUACGGUGACAAGAACUUCACAAACUACGGAACGGGUCGACCCGGUGGAGUUGACUCGUUCAAAAACUAUUCCGACGGAGCAAACAUUCCGGUGAACGAUUUCCGUCGCUACAGCCGUAACUCCGCCGGCCAUGAAGAAAGUUUCACCAGCUAUGCAACAGAUGGAAACGUCGUUGAUCAAAGCUUUCACACUUACGGCGCCGGAGCAACGGGCGGCGCCGGCGAGUUCAAACAAUACACCGACGAAACCAAUGUUCCUAACUUAGUUUUCUCUUCUUACUCCGAUAACGCCAACGGAAGAACACAAUCAUUCAACUCUUACACCGAAAACGGCAAUGCCGGAGAACAAUCGUUUUCUUCCUACGGUAAAAACGGUAAUGGUCCCACUGAAGAAUUCACCAAUUAUGGAACAACUUCCAAUGUUGUUGGAUCGGGUUUUUCAAACUACGCCGAAACCUCUAAUGCUGGUAAUGACAGUUUUAAAGGUUACGGGGUAGAUAUGAAUAACCCGACUAAUACUUUUUCUAACUAUGCUAACGGAGGUAACGGCGCAAUUCAAACAUUUUCAACUUACCGUGAAAAGGCUAACGUUGGUGCUGAUUCUUUUACAAGCUAUGCAAAAACUUCAAAUGCUGCGAAAAUCGGUUUCAAUAAUUAUGGAAAAUCGUUCAAUGAAGGAACUGAUACAUUCACAAGCUAUGCUAAAUCAUCAACAGGUGAAACAAAAGUUGAUUUUAAAGGCUAUGGUGUUAACAAUACAUUCAAAGAGUAUUCAAAAGAAGGUGUUUCUUUUGCAAAGUAUACAAACGUGAGUUCAAGUUUAAGUGCUUCUUUGAAAGAGAAAAAAAUCACGGCGGUGGAGGGUAAUUUGGUAAAAAAAUGGGUUGAACCGGGUAAGUUCUUUAGAGAAAAGAUGUUGAAAGAAGGAACUGUUAUGCCAAUGCCUGAUAUUAGUGAUAAGUUACCGAAAAGGUCAUUUUUACCGCGGAGUAUUCUUGCAAAAUUACCGUUUUCUACUUCGAAAAUCGAUGAAAUGAAACGGUUAUUCAAAGCUUCGGAUAAUGGUUCAAUGGAGAAGAUGAUGAGAGAUUCAUUGGGUGAAUGUGAGAGACUUCCGAGCCGCGGUGAGACAAAGCGAUGUGUGGGGUCUAUUGAAGAUAUGGUUGAUUUUGCAACUUCGGUUUUGGGUCGAAAUGUUGUGGUUCGGACUACUCAGAAUUUAAAUGGGUCGAAGAAGAGUGUUAUGGUGGGUCGGGUUAUUGGAAUAAACGGUGGGAAAGUUACCCGGUCUGUUUCAUGUCAUCAGAGUUUGUUUCCUUACUUGCUUUAUUAUUGUCACUCGGUACCUAAGGUUCGGGUUUAUCAGGCCGAUUUACUUGACCCAAAAACUAAAGAUAAGAUUAAUCAAGGCAUCGCGGUUUGCCACUUGGAUACUUCUGAUUGGAGUGCAAGUCAUGGAGCUUUUAUGUCUCUUGGGUCGGGUCCGGGUCAAAUUGAGGUUUGUCACUGGAUUUUUGAGAAUGAUAUGUCUUGGACAGUUGCUGAUUAAGUGAGAAGAUUGUGAAGAUGAAGGAUUCAAUAGGGAAAAAAAAUCAAAACUAGUUCUUUUUUUCUGCUAAAAAAAUUUCAGCAGUUUAAAGAACUACUUGUUUUGAGUUUAAAUUUUAAUUUAAGUAAUGUAAUUUUUUAUUUUUCAAUUUUUAGUUUGAUAGAAAAGUUAAGGCAUGGUAUUACAUUUGGAAUCUGGAAGAAGGUAUAUUAUUAUAUUUUAUAUAUUAUUAUUAAUUAAUU